AUGGGCCGAAAUCUGGCAGAACUUCGUCGAUGUAUGCCUCGUGGUGUCUUCUCUCUGAACACUGUUGUGCGUCUGUCAGUUCAGAUGCUGGAUGCCAUUGAGGCUGUCCAUGACAGUGGAUUCCUCCAUCGAGACAUCAAACCCUCAAAUUUUGCCAUGGGUCGUACUCCCACCCUCUCUCGAACCCUCUUUCUUCUGGACUUUGGUCUUGCUAGACAGUACACUAACCCUGAGGGAGAAGUACGGCCCGCUCGGCCCGUUGCCGGAUUCCGUGGAACUGUCCGCUAUGCAUCGAAAAAUGCCCAUGCGAAUAAGGAGCUUGGUCGGCACGAUGAUCUCUGGUCGAUGUUCUACAUGUUGGUUGAGUUUGCCUCUGGGCAACUUCCGUGGCGACGACUCAAAGAUAAGGAGCAGGUCGGCCAGAUAAAGCAGUCCUACAACCAUCAAUCCUUGGCACGAUGUUUACCCAGCGAAUAUCGAGGCUUCCUUGAACACAUUGAGUCAUGCACCUACCCGGAUAGACCAGAUUAUGGACUUUUACGGUCUCUCAUCCAGCAGGCGGCAAUCCGUCGAAAUAUUCGUGAUUCGGAUCCCUUCGAUUGGGAAUCCUCGACUGAGUCAGUUGGACCAGAAACUCACCCCAAAACUCCAAACAAAGAUAUUAAACUCACUGCCACUGCUGCGAUUCAACCUCCUACGGUUCAGGUUCAACAUUCAAGUAAUGUGGAAGAGGGGGUUUCAAACGAACCCUCUAAUCCUGGGCCUCCCAUCCUUCUUCCCGCUUGGUCUCGAUGUCAUAAUCAUCAGAAGACUAGUAAUCGAGCUUCUGAUCACUUUAUUGAAUCCAAUGAUGAUGAACGAUAUGUCUAUGCAUCUUCCAAGAACCCUUCAAGGAGUACUACUACGAAAUAUAUCGACACAGCGAACCCUACAGCUUUAGUUCCUCCCCCACGAAUGAAACAAAACUUUGGAGAUAGUGGAAGGAAUCAGCACUCGAGAAAACCACCUGGUGGACGCGGUAAUGGUCUUUCCUGCCUUCGGAAUAGCAAAUCCCGAGAAUCCAAUCAUAAUAACAAUCAUAGUCACUAUCAGAAAACCAAUAGUGGAGGUGAAGAAUUCUCCCGGGCUACUAGUCUUCCUCUUCCUGUUUCAUCUUCCCGCUACCGAUCUACCUCAGUUCUUUCAAGUCGUCAUAAACGAACCCUCCUUGGAUCCACAUCAGAUAUCGCAGGUGCGGAUAGUGUCGCCGAUCUGAGCGGAGAGUCUGCAGCAGGAGCAACGCAUGCUAUGGCUAUCUCAAUUGUACAGGGUAAAGGAAGUCGUCUCACGCGACUUAACAGUGGCUCUAUGACUCAAAUGGCUGGAUUGGGUCUCUCUUCACAAGAUCUUCCCUCCUUUGUGGGUGAUGAUAUGGGCUCUGGAAUGAGUCCCUCCCCAGAUAAUCUCCAGAGUAAUCAACAGCAGCACCCGGAAACCUUCUCAAAAGUAGUGACUAAACAUUCUCAUCGGGCGUCAAAUUCCUCCUUAUCAGAUCAACAGAACGGCGGUGAACAUACGCCAAAGUCAGGGUCACCAUCUCAACUGGUCUUGAAUCAAAUAAGCCAUCAACAGUCUAACCAUGGUCAGAUGACUAAUUGGAGGCCAGAUAGAUUCCCUCGGCCAGUGCCGAGGUGCUCAGGAGUUGGUAGAGUCCCGUGUUCGCCUCCUCGACAUCAACAAUUACAACAGAGCCCACAUUAUAAUUCUAUUCGUCGUCGAAGGUGUGAUUCGCCAGCUAGAUGGGGUUGCACCAAUAAUGUUAAUGCCAUUAAUCAAAAUACUCAAGGGGUUCAACAGCCAGUGUAUACUUUGAGGCGGCUUAACGGACCUUCAUCAGGUGCAGUUCGUAGAUCAGCUAGUCACACAAAGUUAGACAAUGUUUGUGCGCGUCCUGAUUCUCCGUUCUGUUCAUGUUGUGCUUCUUCAGGUCAAGUUCAACAACAUCAAAUACAGAACGGGAACGAUAUUGAAUCCCCAUCGAAUUAUCCUAGAUCUGUGGGUGGUACUGGAGGUAAUAGAUCACGAUCUUCUUCCCGUUCCUCAGCGCGUCAGCAAAAUCUUCGAUCUCCACGGGGCGUCAUUUUCUUUCCUCCUGCAUCAGCAGAUAAGAUGACGACAAAUUUGGACGAGAAUAUGAGUCCAGCGGAUGAAAAGGCCCUUGCUGAUGGGCUACUCAUGAUGAGAAUAGGCAAUGGAGGUUUUAAUAGCAAUGGUAGUGGGUCGAUAUCAAGGCUGCCACCCCCUGAACUCCCCGUUUCUCCGAAUGGAAGGAAGAGCGAUGUAGCGGCGUUGGCAGCAGCCAGGCGGCGGAAAUAUCGGCCUGCUAGACCACCAGCACCUCCCUCGAGCAAUACAAUAUCCACUCCUGCCACGAACUCAAAUUCGGCAUCUUCUGGUGGGAUUCCUCUAUUACUAAAUGUCAAGGCAGGAGGUACUUCCCCAGUGCAACCUCAACCACCUCCAUGUUCCCCUAAAGUGGAGUGA